AAACUUGUAAUAAUCGAAAAAAUGAUAAGAAAUGAAACCUUUAAACUUAUACAAUUAUUAUCAAUUAUAUAAGUUUUAAUUUUAACAUCCAAUGAGAAAGGCAAACCUUGGUAGACAAACAAUUAAAGAUCCCCAACCACCUCCCAUGUCCCGAUAACUACCCAAAAUAACAUCACUUUCACUCCCCAUUCCUAAUUUUCCCCUCACACAGAAACGCAAAUUAACACUCUCCUCACUCUAACAUUGUGAAUUGAAAACCUCCGAUCCGGCAAAUGGUUCAUCCGGUGGAAGGCGCCGACGAGCGGAGCCCCUUCGGCUCUCUCACCGCCGACGAGUUCUAUUCCCGUCAUUCUGUCACUCACGGCUCUGACUUCAUCACCAAUUCCAGAGGCAUUAAGCUGUUCACUCAGUGGUGGAUCCCUGUCCCUUCAAUCAAACCAAUCGGAAUCAUUGCCAUCGUCCAUGGCUUCACCGGCGAAUCUAGCUGGUUCAUUCAACUCACCGCCGUCCACUUUACCAAGGCCGGAUUCAUCACUUGUGCCAUUGAUCAUCAAGGCCAUGGAUUCUCCGAAGGCCUUCAAUAUCACAUACCUGACAUCAACCCCGUAGUCGACGACUGUAUUUCCUUCUUCGACGCGUUUCGUGAGCGUCACGCGCCGUCGUUGCCUUCCUUCCUCUACGCCGAGUCGCUCGGCGGCGCGAUUGCUCUUCUCAUCACGCUCCGUCAGAAAUCGACGACUGAGAGCUCGCGACCGUGGAAUGGCGUCGUUCUGAACGGCGCCAUGUGUGGAAUCAGCGCCAAGUUCAAACCGCCGUGGCCAUUGGAGCACUUUCUAUCCCUAGCCGCUGCUUUGAUUCCGACUUGGCGCGUGGUUCCCACGCGUGGAUCCAUACCGGAGGUAUCCUUCAAAGUCGACUGGAAACGGAAACUUGCGACGGCGAGUCCCCGACGCGUGGUGGCGCGUCCUCGCGCGGCGACCGCUCAGGAACUUAUGAGAGUGUGUAGAGAGUUGCAGGAGAGGUUCGACGAGGUGGAGGUUCCACUGCUGAUAGCGCACGGCGGCGACGAUGUGAUCUGCGAUCCGGCGUGUGUGGAGGAGCUAUACCGACGCGCCGCCAGUAAAGAUAAGACGCUGAAGAUAUAUCCAGGUAUGUGGCACCAGUUGAUUGGAGAGCCUAAAGAGAAUGUGGAGCUUGUAUUUGGGGAUAUGGUUGAGUGGCUCCGAAGUAGGGCCGCCGGAGAUGCUUCUGCAACGGCGGCCGGAGGGGAGUGAACCCCCGCCGAGGCCUAAUAUUUUCUCUGGAAAAUUCGGUAUGGGGAUUGAAGCGUAAUUAUUUGAAUUUAAUGUUGCUUUUUAAUAAACGCUAGUUUUUAUGGUUUUGGUUGGAAGACUGUCCCUUGGGGACUAGGGUUGUUUCGUCUCGGAAUUAUAUUGAAUACAAAGCUUACAAUAACCAUUUUUAACUUAUUUAAAAA